GUUCUUGACGUCAGCGCACCAAACUAACCGGCAUGCAUUGCUUUGGCCCGGCUCAGCUCGGCUCGGCUCGGCUCAGCUCGGCCCGGCUCGGCCCGGCUCGGUGUCCGGACGUUGAUAUGACCGUUAUAUAUGUUUAUCUAUAUGUUUAUAUGUUUAUCGAUCUGUGAAACAAACGGUUGAAUCGAUCCGGUUCAGCAACGCGGCUAAGCUAAGCUAGCUGAGUGUUAGCUAGCAGCCUGAGAUGGAAAUGGAAGAAGAUUUAUUAGAUCCACAAGAAGUUGACGUAGCCAGAACCUUCUGGGCCGAGGAGGACGUGGACCAGGCUUUUGAUGGCGUUUUUGAGUAUCUGGGUCACCUGAAGAGAGUCCUGAAGAAGAACACGGCCACAGAUAAAGAAUAUGUUCAGGGGCUGAAGCUGCUGCAGGUUCUGGACUGUUCUCCUCCGGCCUCCGCUCAGGACUCCUCUGUGGUUCAGGUGGUCAUCGGCUCAGGCGAGCUGCUUCCUGCAGACUUCUCCCACCACAGCCCCCCUUCCUCCCCCUCUCCCUCCCCCUCUCCCUCCCCCCCUCCCUCCAACGGGCUGUCCAGCUCAGCAGCUCCCCCUGCAGGCAGAGAGGAGCUGCUGCCUCCUCUGACCCCCGUCCAGCUACAGUACCAACCCCACCCCUGCUGCAAGGCCUGCCUCUCCAGUUUACCCAGCAUGCCUCAGUCCACGCCUCCAUUCUGGGGUCAGAACCCUCUGAAGGUGCCGCUGCUCUGCGGCUUUAAGAGGCUGACCGCUGUGAUGUCAUCGAGAGGGGGCGGGGCCUCUGAUGACGAGGGGCCGGAGCUGGCGGACUGUGAUGUCGUGGAGGACGUCGUUUACAAGGCGCCGUGUGGACUCAGCCUCCGUAACCAUGACGACGUGAUGCGUUUCCUGUUGGCUACAGGAAGCUACGAUGUCCUGCAGGUGGACUUCUUCACCUUUAACCCGUCUGUCCGGUUGGACCCGCCCCUGCUGCUGGGCCCCCGGCUGCCGGAGCUGGACCUGAGCCGCGGCGUCGAGCCCACACCGGUGGAGCUGUGCGUCGGGGACGACGGCGCCCGGCCGGCCGACUUCCGCUACCGGAAGGACCGCUGGCCGCACGGCUGCUUCCUGAGCCGCGGGCCGACGCUGUUCAACGCCUGCUGCGACUGCACGGACGGCUGCAGCGACGCAGAACGCUGCGCCUGCGUCGCCAUGACCACCGGGGGGCGCCGUUACAGCCACCACAGGCUGGAAGAGCCCGUUCCGUCAGGCGUGUACGAGUGCGGUCCGUGGUGUGGUUGUGACCGAGCUCGCUGUCAGAACCGGCUGGUCCAGAGAGGGAUCAGGGUCCGCCUCCAGGUCUUCCCCACUGACGGCCGCGGCUGGGGUGUGCGUUGCCGUGACGACCUGGACCGCGGCACGUUCGUGUGCAUCUACGCAGGCGUGAUCCUGCAGAGGGUCUGGACUCCAACAGAACCUCCUCCCCCGAAGCUGACGAAGGCGGACCUCCCCUCGGACGACGAGGUGGAGGUCGUCACCGAGUGGCUGGCUCCGCCGGUGCUGGAGGGGCGGAGCAACCUGCUGGAACCCACCUCGCCCCCGCUGCACGUCCCCGUGAUCCAGAGACCGGCUGACAGCAACGCCGCAACCAGCACGCCUCAGGACCGAGACCGGGUCAGAGACCGGGUCAGAGACCGGCUGCUAACUGGUGCUAAUGUUAGCAUGCUAGCAGCUAGCAGUGACCGUCCGUUGUUUGUCCUUCAGACGGUGCUGGUCGGAGGUCCAGAUCCUCCGUCUCCUCCGGCAGCCGGCUCACCUACUCCAGCGCAGGAGAGGACGGUUGCCCCGACAACAGCCAGUCCAAAGGCGGCGGCCUGCGGCGUGAACGGCGCCGAGACGAAGAGUCAGAGGAGUUUAAAGAGGGCGAUGAAGGACGUUAACUUCCUGGACGCCAGCAAGGAGGGAAACGUGAGCCGCUUCAUCAACCACAGCUGCCAGCCCAACCUCUUCAUCCAGAACGUCUUCACCGACUCCCACGACCCCGGCUUCCCCGUCAUCGCCUUCUUCACCAGCAGGGUUGUGAAGGCCGGCACCGAGCUCACCUGGAAUUACUCCGCCGACACACAGAGGAAACAGGAAGUGGCCUGUCUGUGCGGCAGCAGUGGUUGCCGAGGACAGUUCGCCAUCGACCUGUGUGACCUGUGUGACGUGGAAGGUGACACACAGGAACCGGGUUCGGGCUAACACCCAUUGAAACACAGGAAUAUGUAUUUUUUGUACCACGCUGCUGUGACUCUGGUUUUUCUAAAUAAAAGGAUUCAACAUGGAAAA